AUGUACGCUAUUACAUCAAGUCCUGAACGUUACAGGCCAGCAGUAGAUCAUUUUGUACCACCAUCGCAUUUAAGCAAGCCGACACAACCAGUGACCAUGUAUACACUCGAUGCUCGCCAUUUGCCUUAUGAAGAAGAGCUAUAUGAGAGACGGCCUGUAACUCAACCAGUACUCUUUAGCAUACCAGGGAAUUCGAGACCAGUUGACAUGUAUACUCCAAUUCCAACGACAACAACUGAUUUGGAAAAAGAACCCAUUGUAUACCGUAUAGUUGGUCAUCCGUCAUCGCAAAACAUCUAUGACGAAACAACUACUGCUGGGAAUCGUGGAACGGAGGAGGUACAAGAUACCCAGCCAGUUUUUUACUCCAUUGUAGGACGCCCGAGCACAAAAGAUCUGCCAACAACAGCUCGAAGUAUUGAGCCAACUUUAUACACCAUCACUGGACAUCCAACAUCCCAAAAUAUUGCUUAUGAAGAUGUUCCUGUUAUUAAUGACAAACGAUAUCCGUCGCCUGUGCUGUACAAUCUGAGUGAUAGUCCAGAACCGAAUGGCUCGGGAGCACGUAGUAAAAUUACUAUGGAGCCUAGUCGAACCCCUAAGUUUUAUUCGAUUACAGGAGAACAAUACGUAGAAAAACACUAUCUUCAAAAAGAAAAUGUGGAUCCAUACAUGUAUAAUAUAGUAGGUCAACCAAAACUAUUGGAGACAUACAUUACUUAUCCUACACAAGAAGAUAUUCGUAUGUAUACAAUCAAGGGCACCGAACAGAAGCCUUCGUUGUUAAGGAGUCCAAACACUGUACCAUCGACGCGAAAGAAUCAACAGCCGUUGAACGAAUCUAACAUUCCAAUAAUAGAAAAGAGUCCCACACUUUACAGUAUUGUCGGUCAGCCGGAUCGUCCCGCUCUAAGACAACCGAAAGAACGAGCAAGAUCGAUUCCAAAAGUGGUAAGUCCACCACUACGACGAAAUUGUAGUUUGGAUAGUAAGUCGUCCUGUAAAGACCACCAUCCUGUUCAUCAUUUUCAACCUAUCCAUGAACCGGACGAGAUUAUUUCAGAUUCCACAGGAGACCGUCAUACCAUGAACGACUCAGUGCGUGUACCGGAGAACAUAAGCAUUCCACUGGAGAAGAAGCAGAGAGGAAGAAAACCAGCAGUCGAAAACAUUUUAAUUCGAAAACAUCAAGAGCCCCAAACUUUUUAUGAACCGAAACCAAUGGAAAGAAGUCGAACACCGUAUGAAUAUCGAACGCAGAAACCUUGGCAAGCUCGAGAGCAGAAUUAUGUUAUCAAACGAUGGCCAGAAGAAUCCCAACCUCCUAGAGUUACGCAAAACCCAACACUAAGAACUAAUCAUGGUUAUAUGCGUCCAACAAAAACAAUAGAACGUUUACCCAUCGAUACUCGUCGACGUUGGGAUUACAUCGAUGGAACACAAGAUGAUAACGGGGACAUACGGCGAAAGAGAUCAUGUUAUGAGGGAAAAACACGUCGUCGUGCACCUUGGAUUCCCGUCUGGACAUGA